AGGAGGAGGAGCUAAGUAUAAAUGCUGCUGCUCCCUUCAGUCGAGUUCAGAAACUCAACAAUCUCUUAAGUUUAGUUGUAUUAAGUUUGUUUCCUGUUGACCUGCUGAACAACAACAACAUGCUCCAACGGUGUGCAGUGUUGCUGCUUGUGGCACUUGCUGCUGUUUCUCUGGCAGCUCCAGUCCCAGAGGGAACAACAGAUGAAGACAGAAGUGCACCACUGCUGGCUCACCUUAAUGGAGGAACUACAGGUGAACCUGUGACUGUAAAGCCAGAUCCUACUGAGAGCCUCGACUCUGUUGAACAGACUGAAGCUCCCUCACAAUCAGAUGAGACAACUGAAUCACCAGACUUCACCACAGAGGAAACGGACAACACUAGUGAUGAUGCUGACAGCAUCGACUCUGCUGAAGAGACUGAAGAAGAAAACACGAAGGACUCUGACGCAGAGCUCAUUAAAACUGCUCCUUCGGAUUCAGUUGAGACAACUGACGCACAAGAAACCGAGGACACUGCAGCCGAGGUAGAGACUGACAUCACCACCACUGGUGAAGACAGUGAUGUUGACUCAACUGAAAACUCAAACGCUGAUACUGAGGUUGAAACUGACAGUGACACUGACAGCGAUACUGACAGUGACACUGACAGUGAUACUGACACAGAGGUUGAGGAUGAGGAUGAGCCUGAGGUGACCCCAGUAGACCAGGAAGAUAACAAGAACCUUGACGUCAGCGUUAGUACAGAGGAGUUAGAGGAAGGGGAGGAGGUGAGUGAGAGGCCAACAGAAGAGGAGGUAGAUAAAACAGAAGAUACUGAUGUGUCAGAGGAGGGAGAAGCAGCGGAGGAAGAGCAGGAGGCAGACAAAGGGAUUGAUGACAGCAUGUCCGAGGACGAUGAGGGCAGUGACACCCUGAGUGAAGCUGACAGUGACGAUGACGACAGUGAAGCAGACAGCAUCACUGACAGUGACGGUAGUGACAUAGACAGCAACGAUGACAGUGAGGCUGACGGUGACGAUGAAGGUAGUGACAUAGACAUCAACACUGACAGUGAGGCUGACGAUGACGAUGACGAUAAGGACGUAGACAUCAACACUGACAGUGACGGUAGUGACAUAGACAGCAACGAUGACAGUGAGGCUGACGGUGAGGAUGAAGGUAGUGACAUAGACAUCAACACUGACAGUGAGGCUGACGAUGACGAUGACGAUAGGGACGUAGACAGCAACACUGACAGUGACGCUGACGGUGAAGCUGACAGUAGUGACGUAGACAUUACCACUGACAGCGGCAGUGAGUCCAACAAUCAGAACAGCAGUGAAUCUGAUGUUCCUGAGGAAGAGGAGGAGGAGGAGGUGAAUGAGGACAAUUCUUCAAAGUUGGAUACUGAGGACCCAGAAACUUCAGACUCCACUGAAGCAACACCUUCUGACCAACCAGACCAACCUGAUGACUCCACGCCCGCCACCACAGAGGCUUUGGUUUAGACCCUCAGCAUCUGAACUGUGGAAGCUCAGUGACUCCAGAGCCAAGCCCACCACACAGUGGAAUACAGUCGCCAUGACAACAACAACAAUAACAACAAGCUAAACUGCAACUAAACUUCAGCCUUCAACCCUCUGUUGUCUUCGUUCCUUCGCUCAUUUGUGAUUGCUUGUCUAUGUUUUUCAGACUCUGGUUGCUUUAGUGAUAAAAAUGCAUAAGAAAUCUGUCUUUCACCAAUCAACUGUUUGCGUCUCUGCAGUGAUGCUGUGCUUUAACCAGUCUCACUCUCUGCUUGUCUGUCGGUCUUCAGUCUAAUGCAGAAACAUUAAAAAGCUGCUGAUCUCAGAUGUGCUCUGUGUGCACAUACAGUCCAUCGUUUACUUUACAAACAUUAAUUACUGUUUUUAAAACAAAGAUGUCAGAGACAAAUGAUUGUCUGUACACAGAGGAACUGCUAAUAAAGUUUGAACUUUCCGAAACUCA